GUUUUCAUUGGUCAGCUAUAAAUAGAAAAACUCUGCGAUGAAUAAAAAUGGCAACUGUCUGAAGUAUAUGUGAUGCGAUUUCGAUUGAAAUUUUCGCGAAGAAAUACUUAUUGAUAAUGACUAUUUAAUCCAUCAACAACAGAAAACAAGAAGAGGAACACAUACGAAAUAAAGUUACAUAAUUAGAAGUGUGCCAUGGCUCAAGGUCGGCCAAUCAAAUGUGUGGUAGUAGGAGAUGGUACUGUGGGAAAGACAUGCAUGCUGAUCUCAUACACUACUGACAGCUUCCCAGGGGAAUAUGUACCCACAGUAUUUGAUAAUUACACAGCGAACAUGAUGGUUGAUAGCGUUCCAGUCAGCUUAGGAUUAUGGGAUACUGCUGGACAAGAAGAUUAUGACAGAUUACGACCUUUAUCUUAUCCACAGACAGAUGUCUUCUUAAUAUGUUUUAGUGUAGUCAGUCCAUCAUCAUAUGAAAAUGUCACAACAAAAUGGAAUCCAGAAGUUAAACAUCAUUGUCCUGAAGCACCCAUGCUUUUAGUAGGAACUAAAAUAGAUCUACGAGAAAACAAAGAGGCUAUUGGACAGCUGGCUGCCCAGGGUUUAUCUCCAGUAAAGCGAGAACAGGGUAUCAAGUUAGCCAACAAAAUACGGGCUGUCAAGUACAUGGAAUGUUCUGCACUCACUCAGAGAGGUCUUAAACAGGUAUUUGAUGAAGCUUGUAGAGCAGUGUUGCAGCCACAACCAAUUAGAACAAAAAAUCAUAAAUGCCAGCUUCUAUGAUCUGCGUCUUUCAUCUGUUCAUCGCUUUGGGGAUCCGAUGCCAUCAGACACCAUCAUCUACCUGUCCAUGUUCAAUGUGUGUCACGUCAAAAUAUCUGUCAAUAGUGUAACGAAUUUGUGUUAUGUACACUCGCAUGUGUCAUCAAAGGACGUAGAAAUGAAUUGUACAGUGUUUUUGUUAAACAUGUAUGUACAGGCUAGUUUUCACAUACAUGUUUUAAGAUUAAGUUCAUUGAGAAUGAUUUACUUUUAAGACUUUCCUUCCUUGACAAAUAUUAUCAAAAGGGAAAAAAGUCUGUAUCCCCCCCCCCUUUUUUUUUAAAAAAAAAUCUUUUAAGUUAAAAGUACAUGUACAUGUAGUACUUGGUAUAGUGUUGUAAACAUAUUUUAGUAUGUGAACAAUUAUGCCUUAUAUUUCACUUGCUUUUAAAAUUGUGUAUUGGGAUACUUAAUUAUAUACAGAUUGAUACAUUUGAGAAUACUGUUUUAGCCAACAAAAUAUUUCCAUAAAACUCCAUCAUUUAUAAUAUUGUAAUUUUAAUGAAGUUCACGAACUGAAUAUAUUCAGAAUUAUUUUCCCAUGAAAAACAGAGUACAUGUAUUUAAUGUUUUUUAAACAAUUGAUGCAAUUUUUUUGGAAUAGUUAUCGCUUUUGGAUGACUUGUAGAUACCUCUUUUAAAAUUUCCAACCACCCUAUCAUGUUUUUGAUAUCAUAUUUUGUGCUGUAUCAAUAUAUUACUGUAAAAUGAGUAUAAACCAUUUUACAGCGUCAACAUUUUGAAAUAAGUUUAUAUUGAUCCAAUUGAUAUCUUUGUUUUAAAACAUUCUUGCUGGGAGAAUAGACAAUCAGAUAGCUGUAUAGAUUCAUACUGACCUCAUUGAGAUGUGGAUUGGCAUGGGAUCGGAAUUUAGAUAAAUCUUGCACUGUGGCUGUGUACGCGUAGCUUUAGCUUAUUUUGUAUAGGAAUGUGUGGUAUUCUGUUCAUCUUUAAUACUUGGAAUCUGUGAAACUGAUUAAGAAGAAACCUAUGUGAACACUUACAUUGAGAAUGGGUGCCAACCAGUGUGCCUUGGACAGGAUUGCUAUUCAGAGAUUUUAUCAGGUGGUGGGGUAUCAUUUUGCCCACAAUAUAUCCAUUCUAAAAUAUAUCAAAAUGAAAAGACAUCGCUCUGUUUUAAUGGUUUUGAAAGACUAAGAUAAUUGCCUCGGAAGUUAUGGUGAAAUAAUUAUGUAUUUGUCUACUGCAUGAAAAUAAAAGAAAUAUGCAUUUUGUUAUCUUUUUACAUAAACAUAGGAAUUUGUAAUGAAAGAAUUUUUUUUUUUACAUCAUGCCAGAAUGGGCCAUAUGUCAGAAAGGGAGGUUUUUCUAAUGGUUGUGAUCCACUGUUGUCAGUUUCAUGUUGUGUUUAACCUUUGGACUUGGCCUUUUUUGUUGCCAUAGAUUCAGUAAUCUUUUAUAUAAUGUUAACAUGAUACAUAUACUUCAAUUUUGUAUGAAUUUAGAUGCACAUCAAUAUUUACAGGAACAUGCACACCUAGAUUGGUUUUAAUUAAACAUUUGAUGUUGUUUUUAAGUGAUAUUUUUGGAAAUAGUAUUCAGAAAAAUAUAUGACCUUGCAUUUAAUUAUGCAUGCAUAUAUGAAUAUCUACUAUGGCACAGCAUGUAGGUGAAACUUAUAUACAUUAUUGCUAAUCCUGUGUAUCUUUAGUGCAGAAAAAUUCAGUUGAAAAGUUCAUCAAAAUAUUUUCAUUUCUGUAAAGUAAGAUUGUCUGUGUGGCUAUUUUGAUUGGUGAAGUUUACUAUUAUUCCAUGAUACAAAGAGAGACAACUGUGUCAGGAAUGUGGAUAUCUUUGAGCGUAGUUUUUGUUGGUUUAACUUUUGUAUUAACAAGUAACAGUAUCUAGUCAUUCAUUUUAGUGGGUUCUCAUUAAAUGUUCACAAUCGUUUUUAUUACAGUAAAUUUCAAGGAAAUAUUGUGCACUGGUAUUGUAGAUUUAUUUUAUGAUGCAGUAUUUCGGAGAUGUGGACGUGUUGGGGAAAAAAAAUCAUGAAAACUAUAGAACAUUUUCCAUCUUUUAUUGCAUCAGAUUUGAUGUCUGUAUCAGUGUUAAUUAUAAAACAGCUUUUGGGGAUAUAUUACAAUGAAAUAAACUUGCUGUUGGAAUGAAUAGCCCAUCCAGCAUGUAAACUCUGUAGGCCUACAUUGUAGUAUGCAGUUUUUACAACUUGUCCCUCUCUUUUUUUUAUUACCCCAUCCUCGUCUUUUGCUGAGAAUCUAUGUUGUCAGGUGGAUCAUUACCAGUCAUGUCCUGUGACUUUUGAGCUCUAAAAUGUUCAGUGAAAAAUAUGCAUGAAAAAAUGGGGAAAAAUUAGAAUACAAAUAUUUUUUUUUAAUUGGGUUUUUAUUCAGUUGAGUAUUAAUCCAAAAUAUUAACAUUAUUAGUAAGCUAUUUCAUAAAGGAACAUUAAAUUUUAAAUAUCUAUGUUUACGGUACUCAGACAGGGUUAUAGUGAAUGACUGGAUGUUGCUCCACCUUUAAAACUGGCUGGAAAGCUCCUGCUGUGUCAGGUCAUGUGAUCCGAAAUAAACUGUGGCUUUCAUUUGGAUGCACCGAUGCUAUUAAAGAAGGCUCUGGUUUGCAUAUGUGAUUAUGAAGUUAGCUGUAAAUUUUUGUAUGUCAUAUGCUAUGUCUUAUAUCAUAAUUCAUGUCACUUGUGCAAUAUAGAAUAAACACUACAAUGGAC